CAAGAAUUUUAUAAAAAAAAGGUGAAAACCUUCAUUAUUUGAUUCAGGAUACUUAACUUUACAAACAAUAAGCCCUUAUAAAAACAGCAUGAAACCAGUUAAAUUUGUUAUCCAAAAUUUUAUAAACAAUCUGUAAAAUUUUCAUCUUGAUCUUAAGAUAUAAAUUCAUACUCCUUUAUAAUCUUUCUUAAGGAGUUGGUUAACGCUUCAAGAAAUCCUUGUUAAUCUGACAUAGGGCACACAUGCUGGUCUUUGACAUUAGUGGUUAAUUUAUACAGGAACUGAAUUUCUCUUAUCUUUCAAAAUUGUCCCUUAAAAUCUCACAUACCUCUUUUGCAAUAGUCCUUGGGCCUUGAGGAGUUGGAUAGCUUUAAUUUCUGGACCUGUUUCUCAGGAAUGCAGUUUAUUUUGGUUGGCAUCUUUUACCAGGCUUGAAGAUGAGGCUUCGGUGUUUAAGCCUCAGCAGGACUCUGUUUUUAGACCAGUGUUUUUAGACCAGGAGUCAAAGCCCUAUAACUCAAUAUCACAGACUUUAAAAGCACAUACAGCAAGAUACAAGGACAUAUAACCUUAAUUUUAAAGAAAUUUGUUUCUAAUCUCAGAUUUUCCUAAGCAAACCAAACUUAAUAAUAAUGGCAUAGGAAUUAUUUUGAUAAAAUGUAAAAACUCUUUUAGGCCAGUUACCAAAAGGCAAAAGAAACGACCUUCUUGUCACAGAAUAUUCUGUUGGAAAAAAACAUUUUCUUUAGAUCCUUAAGAAUACAUUGUGGCCCCCGCCGUGGGUCUUAGCAGCUUGGGCGGCGGGAGGAGUGGCAGCGGCAAGGCAGCCCAGUUUCGCGAAGGCUCUCGGCGCGCCACAGCCCGCAGGCACCCGGCACGCGCCUUCCCCACCGCCAGGAUGCCCAAGAGGAAGGUCAGCUCCGCAGAAGGCGCCGCCGAGGAAGAGCCCAAGAGGAGAUCGGUGCGGUUGUCAGCUAAACCUCCUGCAAAAGUGGAAGCGAAGCCGAAAAAGGCAGCAGCGAAGGAUAAAUCUUCAGACAAAAAAGUGCAAACAAAAGGGAAAAGGGGAGCAAAGAGAAAACAGGCCGAAGUGGCUAACCAAGAAACUAAAGAAGAUUUACCUGCAGAAACCGGGGAAAGGAAAACUGAGGAGAGUCCAGCUUCUGAUGAAGCAGGAGAGAAGGAAGCCAAGUCUGAUUAAUAACCAUAUACCAUGUCUUAUCAGUGGUCCCUGUCUCCCUUCUUGUACAAUCCAGAGGAAUAUUUUUAUCAACUAUUUUGUAAAUGCAAGUUUUUUAGUAGCUCUAGAAACAUUUUUAAGAAGGAGGGAAUCCCACCUCAUCCCAUUUUUUAAGUGUAAAUGCUUUUUUUAAAGAGGUGAAAUCAUUUGCUGGUUGUAUAUUUUUUGGUACAACCAGAAAAAUAGUGUGGGAUAUUGAAUUAUGGGAGGCUCUGACUGUCUCGGGGGUCAGCUUAACAUUCCAUAGAUGGGGGGUUAGUUUUUAUAUCCUAUAAUACAAAGCAUAUUAAAUGGCAAUAUGGAGUCAGUCCUGCAUUUAAUGUCUUGAACAUUUUAAAUUACUUCUAUUACCAUGUUGUUUUUUAGUAGAAUUGUUUCCUAAAGAAAACCACUCUUUGGUCAUGGCUCUCCAUGUCAUAAUAGUGUGCACUCUGUAACAUCUUUGGUUGUGGUAGUCCUGUUUUCCUAACAACUUUGUUACUGUGCUGUGAAAGAUUACAAAUUUAAAUAUGUAGUGUACGUGCUAUUGAGUUGUGAACUGGUGGGCCAUAUGUAACAGCUGACCAACAUGUGAAGAUACUGGUACUUGAUAGCCUCUUAAGGAAAAUUUGCUUCCAAAUUUUAAGCUGGAAAGUCACUGGAAUAACUUUAAAAAAGAAUUACAAUACAUGGCUUUUUAGAAUUUCAUUACGUAUGUUAAGAUUUGUGUACAAAUUGAAAUGUCUGUACUGAUCUUCAAGCAAUAAAAUCUCAUUAUGAAAAAAAAAAA